UCUCUUGCGCAAGGAAAACCAAGGGUGUGCCUUAAAUUAGAGGAGAGAGGGGGAUACAUUUCUCAUCCUCCUCCUUCCUCAAACCCCCCCCCCUCUUUCAGUCCAGACCUUUGCUGAACGUUUGGCUGGGAAAAGAAAUUCUCUCUCCCUCUCGCUCUCUCCUCUCCCCCCCUUGGUGGCCCAAAUCCCAUGUCAUUCUGCUCCAAGUGACUUCAUGUGAUGUCAGCUUUAAAUGUAAGAGACAACGAUCUGACGCUCGCGAAGAUGCUGGCUAUCCAAAUCUGACAGCGCGGCCGCACCGCGGUGCUUGGAUGCGUCUCCUCGGCGGCGUCGGGCAAAGGGGGGAAAAAGAUCUAUUUUAUGGGCGAGAUCCGGCUGCUCAUCUCCAGUUCGGGUCUCCUUCCCUCCCCCACCCGAGAUGGCCUCCUCGGCUCCGCUGGAGACGGUCAUGCCUCCCGCCUGCGUCCGCAACGGCGCGGCCAACCCGGCCAAGACGCUCGCCUUCUCCAUAGAGAGAAUCAUGGCCAAGAGCUCGGAACCGCACCAGCCGCAACAACAGCAGCAGCACCACAAACCCGCCGCCGCCGCCGCCGCCGCCUUCGAGGCGCGUCGCAGCGAGUCUCCGGGCAAGAAGCUGCUGAGCCUCUGCUCGCCCAUCCCGUGCGUGAUCGCGCCCAUGCAGCCUCUGCCCGGGUACGAGGCGCCCUCGCCCAAGGCGCUGCUCAACUACUCCGAGCUGUGGAAAAGUAGCUUGAGGAACUGCGGCUCGGCUCUGGCGGGCGGCGCAGCUUCGACGGCCGGCGGCUUCUGCAAAGGCGGCUGCGGCUUGUGCUGCAAGGGGGACCUCCAUCACCAUCAUCACCACCACCACCAUCACAACAGCAGCAGCAGCACCCUGGGCCAGGCCUCCUUGCCCGCCACGACGCGCGUGAUCAAGCCGCAGGUGAUCAACCAGGCGCUGGCCAUGCCGGCCAACGGAUCUAGCCUCUACUACUUCAACUACCUGGAUUCCUCGCCGUACCACCCGUCGGAGAUCCUCCACGGGCAGCUGUUCACUUCCAGCUUGCUCCAUUCCCAAAGCCCCGCCGCCGCCGCCGCCGCUGCAGCCGCCGCCGCCGCCGCAGCCGCCCUCUCGGCUCACCAGAAACUCUUCCUGUUGGAUAACGCCAAGCUGGCCUCCUUGGCCCCGUCGGAGAAGUUCCCCAACGCGCAAUACCCGCACAAGGAGCGCCUCCCCGGGCAGCUGGACCAAGUGAUGAAGGAGAACACGGGCCUGGCCGGGGAAAGGAACGGCGCCAAGGGACAUCACCACGGCAAACCGGGCGUCGGCGUCGGUGGCGGCGUCGCAGGCGCUGGAGGGGGCGGCGCGGCCGACGGGAAGCCCAAGAACUUUACCUGCGAGGUGUGCGGCAAGGUGUUCAACGCCCAUUAUAACCUCACCCGCCACAUGCCGGUGCACACGGGAGCCCGGCCCUUCGUGUGCAAAGUCUGCGGGAAGGGCUUCCGCCAAGCCAGCACACUCUGCAGACACAAAAUCAUCCACACGCAGGAAAAACCCCACAAGUGCAACCAGUGCGGGAAAGCGUUCAACAGAAGUUCCACGUUAAACACUCACAUUAGGAUCCACGCUGGCUACAAACCUUUUGUGUGUGAAUUUUGCGGCAAAGGAUUUCAUCAAAAAGGGAAUUAUAAAAACCACAAACUGACCCAUAGCGGCGAGAAGCAGUACAAGUGCACCAUCUGCAACAAAGCUUUCCACCAGAUCUACAACCUGACCUUCCACAUGCACACGCACAACGACAAGAAGCCUUUCACCUGCGUCACCUGCGGCAAGGGCUUCUGCAGGAACUUUGACUUGAAGAAGCACGUGAGGAAACUGCACGACACCGCCGCCGCCGCUGCCGCUGCCGCCGCCACAGCCGCGCCUUGCGGGAAAGAACUUCCUAGGACUGUGCAAAGCUAAAACACACACACACACUCACACAAAGCAACAAUAAGGCAGAAGCGAGGCGAGCCUGUUCAGCGAAGCAAGAGACGUCUUUGCACGAUGGUCAAAGCGACGCGUUCAGAGACUUCCAAAGAUCUCGGGGCCUUUACAAAAGGGAAAAAAGGCCUGGGAAGGGGGAGAAACCCCUCGGAUCUGCCCCCCCCUCCUCUCUCACACACACAAACACAAGCUGAAGAGAGACAAUCACUUUUGGCGUGUCUAUAUAUAUAUAUAUAUAUAUAGACACGCCAAAAGGAAGAAACUUAUUUAAAAUUCCGUUGCUGCUGCGGAUUGAAUUACGGGAAUAGUGGCGGAUCUUUGAUUGGACUGAAGGCAACAUUUCUUCGGAGGCCUGGCAGGACUGUAAAUAUAUAUAUAUAUAAAUAAAAUAGGCCUGGCCAAUCAUUCUAUAUAUGUGUAUAAAUAUAUAAAUAUAUAAAUAUAUAUGACUGAAAAUUUUAAAUUUUAAUGUACACCAAAAUAACUAAGGAAUCUAUCAUCUAUGAGGCAAUAAAAAGUCGCUUAAUAGGAGUCUUAUUUCCAGCUCCCCCAAACACAUUUUUUAAAACAAAAAACAAAAAUAAACUCAAUUCCGGUCUAUCAUUA